UAUUCGAGAUACGAAAACAUAGCAGCGGCAACACAAAAGCUCAGGGAAACGUCGGCGGCAGCGGCAAUGGCAGCGGUUUUUCAUAAAUAAAUGUUUGAGUUAUGUAGAAAAACAUUUUGGGCGAGAAGAUUUUCGUUUUCGUUGCGAUUCAGUUAACAUUUGGCCAGCGGAUUCCGCCUCACACGGACGCGCUUCGAAACUUCUGCCCAUUUCCGCUGCUGGCCCGCGUGUACAGUUAUUCUUAAUCGGAAUCGGAAGCGAAUCGGAAACGGAAGCGGCCAUUACAACGGUUAAACAAUAACGGUGCCAAAGUCAAAAAUUCAAAUGCCAAGUGAAGCUAGUGCGGCGCCUAACAGAAAACAAAGAGAACACAGUUCCUGAGCAAAAUAGUCAAAGCACAAAAAAAAAAUCUCAUAAAAUAAAGUGUUGCGUCCUCUUUAAAAUUUAAAUUAAGCCUAACCAAGAAUCUCCACAAGAUGCACACCAGCACAGAUCCCAUGCACACUCUCCACGACAGCGUGUCACUCUCUCCGCCGCUGCACAAGAGCCACCGAGGAUCCUCGGGUGGAAAUGGAUCCUCGCGAGCCGCCGCAGACGCCAUGUCUAUGGCCUGUGACGACAGCGACAUCGAGCCGUCGGCUCUGGGCAGUGGCGGGAGUGGAUCCGGCGGCGGAGACGGAUCGGGAUCUAGCGGUGGUCCGCUGGUGAAACCGCCGUACUCCUACAUCGCCCUUAUCACCAUGGCCAUUCUGCAGUCUCCGCACAAGAAACUUACGCUUAGCGGGAUUUGUGAUUUUAUAAUGUCACGCUUCCCGUACUACAAGGAUAAAUUCCCCGCCUGGCAAAACUCCAUCCGACACAAUCUGAGCCUCAACGACUGCUUCAUCAAGGUGCCCCGCGAGCCGGGCAAUCCUGGCAAGGGCAACUUCUGGACCUUGGAUCCGCUGGCGGAAGAUAUGUUCGAUAAUGGCAGCUUCCUGCGGCGGCGGAAACGAUACAAACGCGCUCCCACCAUGCAGAGAUUUUCGUUUCCGGCGGUGUUUGGAACUCUGUCGCCAUUUUGGAUCCGUAAACCAGUGCCGCUGGUUCCGGUUCACUUCAAUGUUCCAAAUUUCAACGGGAGCCGAGACUUCGAUGUGGUUCACAACCCGUCGGAUAUAUUCGAUUCUGCUCUCCGGGCCGACAAAAAGUUCAACUUCUUCGCCAACGCGGAGGCCUCGUUUUACGGAGGAAACCAGUCGGGAGACAAGUUUGAUCGCCUGCCGUUCAUCAAUCGAGGCGGGCGGGAUGUCCUGGAUACACUGCCACAUAGCAGCGGAUCGGGCGGCGGAGCAGGGGCUGGAUCUGAGGGCAGCAGAGCCGCCAAGUACAAAAGCCCCUACCCCUUCGAUGUGGCAACAAUGGCCAGUGCUGCGGGCGGUAUUCCCGGCCAUCCGAACUACAGGGAUGCAGUUCCCGGCGGUGGAUACAUGGAUCUCAAUGCGUACAACGACGAUCCGGACACGGAAGCGGAAGUGGACGCCGAAGCCGACGCGGAUGAGGACUCCUGCGAGGACAAGAUCGACGUGGAGAGUGGCAACGAGCAGGAGGACUCCCACAUUUCGGACUCGGUGGACAGCGCCUGCACAAAUCGUCUGGACGCGCCGCCGGACGCCCUAAUCUUUGAGCAUGCCGAGGCCUCCAACAGCUCUCCGUCACGAAUACCACCCAGCCCAAGAACCCGCUUCGACAGCGAACCCCUGGGCCUGAGGACCAGUAAACAGACCAGCGCCAAGGACUUCCGCAUCGAGACCCUGAUUGGCCACCACUUGCACCAGGGCGGUGGCCAGGAGGAGGCCAGCGACUAGAGGGGAUCGCCGAACCUCUCGGCGAGUGUACAGUCCAAUUAAAUGGUGAUUUCAGUUUCGAUCUAAGCACGUUUUAACUUCCCGCAUCAAAUCAAACCGAUCCCCAUCCAGUCCCCAGCAGCCAGUAGUGAUCAGUAGACGUACGUAUCAGUAUCUGUAGGAAUUAGGAGGCCAGCCAGCACACGAGUUUUAAAAUGCGACCAAAGCUAAGCAGCCACGGCUAUAGUUGCCCAGUCCACGAGUAUAUCGGCGCAUAUAGACAUAUACAUAUAGGAUCUAUGUAAACCCGAUGCAUUGCACAUUUAUAGUAUACUUUUAAAGUGAAUUCUGGCGAUCUGGAUCCGGGAUUCUAGAUUCUGGAUGCUGGAUCCUGGGUUCAGGACCUAUAUCUUACAUACAAGUACUAUUCAUGUGUAAGUGUGCGUGUGUGUGUGUAAAUGUAAAACAUCCGAUAAAGAGGAACACUAUUAACUAUAACUUAGUCUAAGAAUUUUGCUGAUGUUAUUGAA